UUCGCGGGGAGUGGCGUCAGUGGAGCUGUUCAAAGCGCGGUGGUGCUGGAAAGAAACUCAGCGCCGUCGUCAGCAGUUGCAACGCGGAGCGGAAAAGCGGACAGCGGCGAAGGCGCAACGAAAUCAUUUAUCUGGAAAUAGCGAAAAAUCAAGAACCUCACUUGUUGGAAUCGCCGAAUCGCUCUGCACUAACGAAGCCUCACUACCUUUUGCAUUGCCUUGUGUGGAAUAUUCUGGAUCCCAGGAGGAUUUUUUUUGCCAUCACCAUGAUCAGAUUCAUCAUAAGACUGUAGCACUGCAGACCCCCUCCAAGGAGGGUUGAGGCUGGGCACGGAACCCAUUAUAUCCUGUAUUCAAAAUUGAACACUGUGAAAGAACCAUGUAGUGUACCUUCUACCACCACAGGGGGGCGGGUUAACUUGUGGUUCUUUUUUUAGUGUUUUUUAAAAGGGAAGUUGGUCUAGAAGGUGAGCCAGAAAUGGUCUUGCACACUUCUCCCUACCCCAGUGCCUUCCUCAGCUUCCUGAGCCGUCUGUCUUGGGCCUUUGUUUUCCCUUGCUACUGGCUGUUGGACCGGUUGCUGGCAUCCUGUGUUGCAACAUCACUGGAGAAACGUAGACGCUCCCAGGAUCCCUGCUCGUUCCUGGCACUAGGGGUCCUGAUCUCAACACCUCUCUACCUAGUGCUGCUACUGGCAUCCCUCCCAUUGGCCUUUCUUGGCUUCAUUUUGUGGGCUCCAUUGCAGAGCAUCAGGAACCCGUACAUCUACUCCCACCAGAAACCAGACAAGCAUGCCGAUGAGCAGGGAGGAGUUCCAGGGAAUGAGGCGGCAUUUGCUGAGUGGCGCCCGCAGGGUUGCAGCUUUUGCUUUGGGAGUGCCAAUGUUUGCCUGUUGCCAGACUCACUAGCCCGCUUCAAUAACCUGGCAUAUACUCAACGGCGGGCACGGGAAGUGGGAAAACGGAUCCGAAAUGGUGCCAGUAGACCGCAGAUCAAGAUAUACAUCGACUCGCCCACUAAUACUUCGAUUAGUGCCGCAUCCUUCUGCAGCUUGGCGACUCAGGGCUUUCGUCGCACCUCUUCUCUGGACCAUCGUCCCGAACAUACAGCCACCACUGAAACUGAGACUGAGCCCUUAACAGAGUGUCCCAUCCAUCCCUCAGGAGGUACAAUCAUGGAUUGCCCCAUCCAUAACACUGGAGCCCAGAAUUCCUCUGAGUGUCCCCUUCACCCCAAUGGAGAAGAGCAUGUCCCAGACUGUCCGGUCCAUCAGUUUUCAGACCCACAUGCCUCCAGUGAGUGUCCAGUGCAUAGUAACAGCACCCAAAACUCUGAGGACUGUCCUCUCCAUCCAGCUGGAGUACAGAUCAGCAUUACUUCUCCUGAUCCAGAGCCACCCGAGGCUGAAAAAGGUAGCCAUCAGACCAGGGAGGGAGACACAGGUAGCCUAGAAAGCCGCACUGCCUCUAGGGAAUCCCUGGUACGAUUCCAUGCAGCUGAUGGAGGCAUAUCGCCCAAUAACACCCUUUCACAGCACCGCACCUCAGUCUUCAAAAGACCCGUUGGACGCAAGCGACGUCAUGGUGAUGACGGCUUUGACCACGAGAUCUCUGCCUUCUUCCCUGCCAACCUGGACUUCCUGUGUCUGCAGGAAGUCUUUGACAGGCGGGCUGCAGACAGGCUCAGGAGACAGCUGCACCGCUAUUUCCCCUUCGUUUUGAGCGACGUGGGACGCUAUGGCUGGAAAGGCUGUUGCUCCCAGUUCAAGUUCUUGAACAGCGGGUUGCUGUUGGCCAGUCGCUAUCCCAUUUUGGAUGCCCGUUAUGAGUGCUUUCCUAAUGGGCGCAGUGAGGAUGCUCUGGCUGCUAAGGGAGUUCUUUUUGCCAAGGUGCAGGUGGGAUGCUCUGCUCAGGAACAACAGGUUGUUGGAUAUAUCACAUGUACUCAUUUGCAUGCUAUUGAAGGUGAUUCGUCGGUGCGCUGUGAGCAGUUGGAUAUGUUGCUUGAGUGGGGCGCUGAGUUUAAGAAGGCCACCUUAGGUCCCACCGAUGAGGAGAAAGUUCUGGAAGAUCAGGUGGCCUUUGACGUCAUCCUUGGAGACCUCAAUUUUGACAACUGCUCCUCAGAGGAUAAGCUUGAACAGCAGCACUCCCUGUUCACUCAUUAUAAAGACCCCUGUCGUCUUGGUCCUGGAGAGGACAAACCAUGGGCUUUGGGUACAUUGUUGGACACAAGCGGGCUGUAUGAUGAGGAAGUCAGCUCGCCAGAGAGCUUACAAAAAGUGAUGGAGAAUGAGGAGGGGAGAAAAGAGUACUUGGUUUUCCCUGCCAGCAAGAACCACUGUCCCAGCCAGAAGGGGCGCAAAAUUCCCCUUAAGGGCAAUGGUAGGAGGAUCGACUACAUCUUGUAUAAAGAAGAAGGCCUGCAACAGGACUGGAAAGUGGAUAUAGAAGAGUUUAGCUUCAUCACUCAACUGGCUGGACUGACUGACCACCUCUCAGUGGCCGCAAGACUGGUAGUGUCAACCAGUGAAGAGGAGACUUAGAACCCAGCCGUAAUUCAAAAAAAUCAAUGCCACAGAGAGACCGAGAGAGAGAGAAUUUGAGUGAAAGAAAAAACAGCAGGAAGCAUUAGUCAAGCCUUCCAUCAGAUGAAGGCAGAGUGAUUGAGAGGGUUGAAGAGUCGUAAAAACGAUCGAUGGCUUGAGAUGGAAAGCAAACAGAAAGAGAGAGGAGAGAAAUCAACCAAUCACCAGAAAGCAGUAUGUGAGUGUGUGACAUUCCGGACCAUUUUGUUAAUGCCAUGGACACGACAACAGUCUCACUCUCCAUCUAUCCCUGGACUCUCUAUGUUUACAUCUGAACUCUAUAGAAGAAUAUAAAAGAUUUAACUCACCUUAGCACUUCUAAUGCUUUCCAGUGAGGCUUAUGAAGGGGCAAAGUACAUGUGUGCCAUGACCCGGAGAAUCUUCGAAGGAAAUCUGUUAUAUGGGAAAAUGCCUACGUUGACUGUACUUCUUGUUAAUACGGACAUGGAUGUCUGUUUGUUUAAAGUUAGUCCACCACAAGAGGACAAGACCUCUCCCUUGUCUAUCCCUCAGCUCUUCAAAAGACCUCAGCAAAAAGUGUCUUUCUUUUCUAAAAUCUUUCUAAGGUUUCUAUGGCCUUGUGCCAUCUUUUUAGGGAGUUUAUAUACCGAUAUACAGGUGUAUUGUAUGGCCCCAUACAACACUAAGUUGAUCUCAAACAAUUAAGUGCAGUCCAGAACAUUUCGUUCAUGUUGCAUUGACUGCUGGGACACAGUGACCAAACGCUGAAAUCUGCACACCAUAGGAAAACUCAUCAGUUGGUGGGAAUUUAACCCUUUGGAUGUUCUAAUUGUCGGUAGACGCAUGUUUUCUAAGUGCACUGCCAUAUUGUGGCCUGCAUGUUUGAAGUAAAGUCUGCCAAAAAAAAUGAAAACACACAAGCACCCCCCACCACAAACAACACUUGUUUCCCUAUCGUAGUAUUGUUGUGGCUUCAUUACAGGGACAUAUGAUACCCUGAAAGCCUCCCGUUUCAGUGUUCACUGUUUACAUAUUUGAGCCAAGAUGGUGGUCCCCUGCAAAUGUUUACACGCGUAUUUCAGGCAACAGUACCAAAAAUGGCCGAUCUGAAUCCCCAGUUAAACCCACCGAAACUCUCUCUUCAUCUGUUAACACAGUUGCUUUUAUACUCUCUAAAAUUCUGUUGUUAUAAGUUGUUAUAAUUAUUAAUAUUAUUGGUAUUAUCAUUAUUCUUACUAUUGUUCGUAGAUUUGAAAUUAUGUGAUUUUUUACAAAUGAUUACAUUCCUCAUGAUGUAUUUAUCUGCUUUUUGCUGUGUUAGAGGUUUAUAGCAUCUGUAGUGUAGAGCUCAGCCCUGUUUCGACUGACAGACUAAUUGGCAAAUCAGCAAGCUAAUGAGCAUUGCAAUAUAAUGCUGCGUUUCAAUUAAAAAAGUCUUCCUACUUGGAAAAGUGCAAUGGAAUUCCGCAAACAUGGUGUCACACAGAGCAAUGAACACUGUUAAUAAGCAAUCAUUUGCAUGGAUGAUGCAUCAAUGAGUGCUUUUACAUGCACACCAAGAUGCUACCAAAAAUCAGCUGUCUGUCAACGCAAGAAAACCGCAUGCACGUGAGACUUGAAAUCAUUGGUUUGUUCUCUGCUUUUGGAUCUCAAAAUGUAAACAGGCAUGUGCACAACAUUUGCACGCUUUGGAAAUGCCAGUAAAUGUGUUUACAUGCAACGAACAAUCAGGGUAAUGUGCAAAAAUCAACAUGUAAUGUUUUUUCUUAAACCGUUUGUGACCUUACCCUGAUAAAGAAAAAACGUUUAAUCGUACAUUGUCAGCUUAUUUAGCAUAAUCGGUGAAUGUAAACACGCUCAAUGAGUAUGAGUUCCAACAUAUAAGGGAUCGUGUAGAAUUAGCUGGUUAUUACCGCAAAAUAAACCCUGUCUGAGUGAUCAGGACUUUUGUCAGAUCUUGUAUCAUCUUAAAUGUUAUCAAAUAAAUGGACAUAAUUGUUAAAAUGGUAAUAAAAUUUAAAUUACUUUAUUAUAUGAGAAUAAAGAAGCCACAUAGUGCAAUAUUAUACAUGAAAGUAGCACAGCUAUAUAGAAAAUUGGUUUCCCAGGGACAACAAGCAUUAAUCAUUAUACAAAAAUAUUUUACUAUGGAAUAACCAAUCAGAAUUAAGUAUUCCAAAGAGCUGUGUAAUUAUACAUAGUAAUAAAGCCUGUUUAGCAAACGUUUAUACAGACAUGUGUGUAACACAGGGUGAUAGUCAAACACCUGUAAAACAAAUGCUGGGAUGACCAUUUUAUCAUCAUAUUAUGAGAAUUGGAUCAACUUUGUGGUUAAAAGUCGGAGAUAUUAAGUAGGAAUAUCUCACAAUUAACUUUGGUUGGAAUGCAGCAUUAAUCCAGAUCCAGUCAGCAAGCCCCCACCUGGUACUAAUUUAUAAUCUCACUUAUCAUUCUUGGAUCAGGUCAAUGUGGCAUAAUAAGCCUUUUUCAGAUCCACCAAUACACAAGCUAAAAAGGGAUUGUGGGAUGGUAGAAGACAAUUUUAUCUCUGGGUAGUGGUAGCCCUAUUCAUAAACUGCCAUCCUCUUCAAAGAUACUGUAUGUAAUCUCUAGAUGAAUCAGAGGUCAAGGGUCAAACAGGGAGAGCUGUAGUAACGAUGCAUGCAGUGAAAUAAUGAAGCUUCACAAAUUCUCAGUAAGAUCUUACUGUUAUCUAUAUAUUGUUUUCAAGGCUAUAUACUUUUUGUUGUUGUUUUUAUUUUGUUUUUUCUUUGUUAAUCUUGAGGAAUGCUGCUUAAUGCAAGCUUUCGGCUGGCCAGGUACUUAAGGGGGAUAUGGUAAGGGAAAAGCUUUCUCUAUGUCAGCUCUUUAUAAAUACAUUUUGGUUCUGCUUUUAUUAAAAAAAAAAUCCCUCUUUGAUUCAAAGUUUGUGUGUUUACUAAUUCAUUUGGAGCCAAGGACUGAAACUUGCUAUGUAUCAAUUGGCACAAUGCCCUGAUUGUAUUCGAUCAGUUUGGUCACAGCACUGCCUACUGGCCAAAGUACAUAAAAUAUGGCCAAUAAUAAUCACCACUUUGGAGUCUAGUUCUUUGCUCUUUUCAUUUCUGUGGCACUGCAGAAUACUAUUAUGAACAGUUUUUCAAUGUCUGCCAUACGGCUUUCUGCCAUGUUAUUUUCACCAAAACUUUUUGGGGCAUUAGCACUGUUCUGCAGGAAAAAUGUAGUAUGUGAUAAUGCUUUAAAUAAUGGUAAAUUACUAAGGCUUUGAACCACUUUUCAUAAAUUUACAAUCAGGAGUGUUAUGAAGAAACAUACAGUAUCUAAUAAACCUUACAUUGUGCCAUUGGGGUUCCUGUCCCCCAUAGUAAUUUCUACUCUCAACUAUUUAUAAGUGUGAUUAGAAGUGUUGUUUCACGUUAUACACUGUGGAAUUUACCACUGGUUAACUCUAUACACAGUUUACUAUUGAUAGGUUUUGCUUUGUAAUGGCUAACAUUUUAGAAUCAGAUUGUUUGAGAAUAACAUAAUCUAAAGUGACGGCAUACACUGUUCCUUUGAGAAAGACCCAAAUGCUUAACAUGAAUUUUAAAAUGGAAAGAUAGUUCCAUGAAAGACAUGUGAGCCUGUAUAAGAAAGUCUUAUCCAAAACUUUCAUUUUGCACAUUCUGUUCAUUUUAGAAAAUUCCACAGGAAGCAGAAGUUACAAGGUAGAAUGCCACAUCACAACAGCAUUCGUCUAAGUAAUUUAUAUAAUUCUUCAAAAGCAAAAAUUAUUUCAGAUGUCCUGUAAUAGAAGGUAAUGAAUUUUGAUGUUAGGAUGGUUGGGUAUGCACUUGGUUUAUAUAUAUAUAUAUACACACAGUAUACACUCACUGAGCACUUUCUUAGAAUACUUAUUAUCUAAUCAGCUAAUCUUGUGGCAGCAGUGCAAUGCAUUAAAUCAUGCAGAUACAGGUCAGGAGCUUUACUUAAUGUUCACAUCAACCACAAGAAUAAGGAAAAAAUGUGGUCUCAGUGAUUUCGGCCGUGGCAUUGUAGGUGCCAGACAGGCUGAUUUGAGUAUUUUUUUAACUGCUCCUGGAAUCUCCUGGAAUUUUCACACACAAGUCUAGAGUUUACUCAGAAUGGUGCCAAAACCAAAAAACAUCCAUUGAGUGGCACUUCUACAGAUGGAAAUGCCUUAUUGAUGAGAGAGUUCAAUGGAGAAUAGCCAGACUGGUUCAAACAGACAGAAAGGCUAUGUUAACUCAGAUAAUCACUCUGUACAAUUGUAGUGAGCAGAAUAGCAUGACACGUUGAAACUUGAAGUAGAUAAGCUACAAAAGCAGAAGACCAC